AUGGUACAGAGCACAAUUAAUGAUUUGGAAAAGGAUCCAAUGGAACAAAGAUCCAUUCUAAGACUGGAAUUAGCUCCUCUGAUAACCGUUGAUGUCAACAAAGGAAAAGGGCUGGUCUUUGACUAUGACUCUGCGGCGUCAUCUGAUCCCAAGGAGAUGAAGCCUGGUCCUAAAGAUAGGAUUCUAUCUGAUGCAAUAAAAGCUGGCGAUGCUAUGACCUGGAAGCCUAAACCUAUUCAUACGGCUAGCGCUGAGGUUGAUCAGUUAAGUGCAACCUCCUCCUUUUCCAUUGGCUCGACGGUCCAAAGAGCUGGUAUCUUUUGUGCUAGCUCUUCCGGAACCAAAGAAAAAGGAGUUAAGCUUAGAAGAAGACCUAACAAGAGCCGCAGAAAGCCAAGGGAAUGGAGCCUCAUGAUCUCAGUUUUCAUCAGUGUUUCUGAAAGACUUAGGAACUACAGAAGGGCACUAAAUAGAUGGAAGAGAGUCAACUCAACUAACUCCAAAGAGAGAAUUAAUCUGACAGCAUCAGCUGGAGGUGGAAUACUCUGCCUUAAGACCCUCUUUCCAUAG